AUGAAGGCGCUGGUGUUCCUGACUUUGCUUGGAGCAGCAUGUAAGAGACUAACCUCAUCAUAAUGUUUAUUAUUAUAUGUAAAAGUUCUUUCUGACAUAUAUCACCUGACAUAUAUUGUUUUUUAGUUGUUGCUGCUGAGGAUGAGAAGGUUGUCGGAGGGUAUGAGUGUCCCAGAAACUCUGUUCCCUACCAGGUGUCUCUGAACGCUGGAUACCACUUCUGCGGUGGAUCCCUCAUCUCCAGCCAGUGGGUGGUGUCUGCCGCCCACUGCUACAAGUCGUAAGUACAGGAGGGUCACAUUUAGAUCAAGUUCAUCUGGGCAUUUAAAAACCUACUGUAUCAAAUAGUGUACGCAACCCAAAACAAGAGCUCUACCAAAAAUUCAGCUUUUUAUGAUUUUCUACAAUUAUUAUUGACAUGGUCAGACAGGUGAUAAUUGUUUUUUUUAUGUAUUGAAGUUUUAGUACGGCAAAGCUAAUGUCAGUAAACUCUACAUAGAUAUUUGUGUUUAACCAAUCCUUAAAAAAGACAUAUCAAAACCUAAACUAUAAAGCUGAUCACUUAGACUAGUGGUUAUAUGUCUUCUAUUCUGCUAGUGUCCCCUCUUUGAACUACUCAUAUAAAGAUUGUAGUACAUGUUUAACAAAGGUAAGUUUUUAAACUGUGUACAUCUCUACCAGUCGUAUCCAGGUCCGUCUUGGUGAGCACAACAUCGCUGUGAACGAGGGCACAGAGCAGUGGAUCGAUGGUGCCAAAAUGAUCAAGCACCCUCAGUACAACAGCUACAACCUGGACAACGACAUCAUGCUGAUUAAGCUGAGCCGUCCCGCCACCCUCAACAGCUACGUCCAGACCGUGUCCUUGCCUUCUCGCUGCCCUCAGCCUGAUGAGAACUGCAUGGUGUCUGGGUGGGGAAACACAUCUGCUAAUGGGAGUAAGUUGAAUCCAAAACAGAAGAAAAGUAAACUCAUACUCGUAAUAUAAAAUUUCACUUAAUUAGGGCCCUGUCAUGAGUUGCAUGUUUCUCCAUCAAACCCCAUAGUUUAAAGAUUUAGUCAUCUAACAAAUUAAAGAAGCAAAAUACUUCUUAUUUCAGUGUAAUUUUUCAUGGCAAAUCAGCAGGGCAAGUCACUCGGUUCAUAAAUGUCGAAGUAGUGCCAAAAUGCCCAAAGGCAGUAAGUCAAAAAUGAUGAAUCGAAGAAAUUACCCACAUGGUAAAAGAAGUGUUAGGCUUGAAGCCCUAAGAAGAGUUAGGCAUGUCAGGAAAUAAUCUACAGAAAAAAAAAAGGAAACAUGUAACAAGAAAAAUAUUGACUUUCCUGCUCUCUCUUAGGCAACUUCCCUGACAGGCUGCAGUGCCUGAGGCAGCCCAUCAUUGAUGACAGGAUCUGCAGGAACGCCUACCCCCACCUCUUCACUGAAAACAUGGUUUGCUCUGGAUUCAUGCAUGGAGGUGCCAGCAGCUGUCAAGUGAGUUUGACACAGCAAACACACAGGGAGUGAGGUGGUGGUGGAUAAUCCCUUCCAGCAGUAUAGCAGUCUGACUCAGCAGUGUGGAGCUGAGUGCUCGAAAAUACUUGUUUCUCACUGAGUCUUUGGUAUACUCCUUACCAUAAAACGAUACAUUUAUGAUUUAGCAUUAUAUGAAUUUAAGGGGCUCCACUCUGAGCAGGAAAACAAGUGAAAUUAUUUCAUUUCUGUUUAUUCUAUCCUUUGAUUUUCCAGCAAAAACAGUUUCUUAUAGUCAUGUGAUGUUUGGCUUCUCACUACAUGUGUUGAAGGUACUUUGAAAAUCACUGCUGGGUUUUUUAUGUGCAAACAGUUGAUUCAUAGUCUCAUUUAAAUCCAAUGAGCAAUAGAUGGCUAUUAGACAUCAAGUUCUUUUUUAGACCUAAUUUCAGCCGUCUAGAUUCUGUGUAUUUUUACAACCUAUUAUUUGAUAAUUAUUUAUUUCAAAAAGCAACUUUGAAUCGCCUAACUGAUCUCCAAGUACUUAACCAAAAUAAUUAUGAUAUACAGUGUAGUGUAGUAUAGCCGGCAAGUCUAAACUUGGUCUAAAUUUAAACAUUUUAAAAAAGUUCAUUUUCAGACCUGUGGUAGCCUGAUUUUAGACCAGUCGUCUAGGCUACAUUUAGAUGUCUAUUAGACCUCUUUUAGACCAAGAAAUGCUCAGUGAGAAGUCACUCCUCACUUUUCUUCUGCCUGUGUUUGCAGGGAGACUCUGGUGGCCCUCUGGUGUGCAAUGGUCAGCUACAGGGAGUUGUGUCCUGGGGUUAUGAUUGCGCCAUGCAGGGACACCCCAGUGUCUACGCCCGUGUGUGCCGCUACAACAACUGGAUCAGCUCCACCAUGAGCAGCAAUUAAAUACCCGUCGCCACCCAUGUAUCCACUCGCCAGCAACACUGUCCUCAGUACUUGAAUUCACUGUAUCAAAACACUUUUUGUGGAAUACUGCCAUUCAUUUACACCUCAUACAUAACAUGUGAAAGCAGAACACCAAAAAUAAAAGAAAAUAAAUACAAAUAAAAAGCAUUAAUUGCUUUCAUGUAGGUUUCAUGUUUUAUUUCACUGUUGUUGGCAUAACAAUUUUAACAUGUUCUUGGUUAUAUAUGUUUAAAUCUCAGUGCUUUUGUUAAAGCUUAUGCUUUCUUCCCAUAAGGCUACUGCUGUAUAGAUAUGAAACGUUGUAUACCUACCUGCAAGUGCUGCAAAAGCCUUGUGAGAUACAUUUAAUAUUUAUACUUACACAUGCAUCUCUGAAAAGCUUUUGUGCUCAGUUACAGAGGCUCCUGGAGUGAUUUGGGAGGCAAGCAAACUUGAGUAAACAAGCAAUAGGGCAUUUUCCAUUUCACCUGUCUGGAUUCUGUACAUGCAUUCCUCAGAUGGUGCUCUGUAAACUUCACUGCUACUUGUUUGCUGAGGCAACCUGAACAUACAGAGGAAAAGGUAGAAAAAACAGCAGGGAGAGUCACACACUUUUUGAAAGGAAUUAACAAAAAACGUUGAUGUUAAAUAGCUUGAAACUACUUUUAAGAUGGUAAAUAAAUGAUAAGCUACGUAAAGUCACUCUAUCAUACAAGACUAGCUCUGCAUAUUUCUUUAUAUAUAUAAUGCUUGUACAUAUACUAAGAAACUUGACCAGCAUUAAGAAAUCCCCCUGACCCCAACCCUCCGAUUAUUUCUACAUGCAGCUAAACCAUGCAACAACUUUACAAUAUACUAUAUGUGCCAAUAUAUUCUUCUGCAACUCAUGUUAACCCAAAAGACACGACACCAAACACUUAUACUUAUCAAACGUGUGACAUUUUUCUGCAGACCUCUUUUGUGGACUCAGUAUAGCUAAAAAGAUAACACCAGCUCAGAGGUGUUUGGGCACAUAUGGUUUUCUAUAUACAUUUUUACAGUUGCGGGGGAAAACUGCACAAAAGGAAUAAACAAUAUAACACAAGGGGUUCGUGUUUUAUCUCAUAUGCUGAAAUUUCUUUAGUCAGAGUCUAAAUACCAGCAUGACUCCAAGAAAGAUGUCAAAGGAUGUCUAAGGGAAUAAAAACAUACCUCAUUUACAUGCUGUUCAGGCAAAAAAAGGAAGAAUUGCUUACUUUAAAACGAAAAAUUGCAAGGUGAGACUUUACAGGAGGUAUGCAAACAGUCUGCAUAAUAUCCUACUCUGCAAACUGGUUUUGUAUACACUCCCUACUCUAUAUUUACAUACCUUAUUUCUAGGAACAAAAUCUCUGUGCGCUUUGUAAAUAGUUUUAUUUGUAAUAUUUCACACUUUUUACCAGCCGUUGCAAUUUCUUAUUUCUAUUCUCUUUCUAUUGAUUCUUUUUUAUCUGCAGCAGUGACAUUACUUGGCCACUGUAUAUUGGAGCUAUAACACAUUCUAACUGGGGUGUUAAACCAUGGGCUGAGACCCUUAAUUGUGAGUAAAAGGUAUAUGAUUUAGUAGUAGGCUAAACUUAAACAUUGCACCUUCUUUCAAGGAGAUUUUGCAGAUUCAUAAUAAAAAUUUUGGCAGGUGAAAAAAUCAGGUGACUUGAUAAUGAGAUCGUUGAUCAAAAUUGGAUAUGGAUGGGUUUCUCAAAGACAACAGUAAUCAAUUAUUUAUAGUAUAAAGUCGAUUUUGGGGGGAUCUGCUCUUUUUCUUCACUCAUCUACGUCAUCAGUGUUGUUUGAUUGACAGGUGGUCAUCAGCUGUGCCCGCCCACUCAGCGUGUUCAAAAAGCUCCACUCACUUUUUUGAGAGAAGCUGACAAAUCCCUGCUGGUUGACAAAUGUCAGUGCUACACUGAGCAUCUGAAAGGUAAUUCUGAACUAAAGGUGGACGAAUAAUGAUACUAUAUAUCGUUAUAAUGAUGUAUAUCUUUAAAAUAAUGCGGCGUAGCAGCUAACGAAGGCGGGAAAGAGUCUGCCCUCGCAUGGAAAGGAUGAUACCGUAGCCUGAAUUAACCUCUCUAGCAGCUUCAAAUAAUCGCUUAAGUCAGGACUUGAGGGAGAAAUAUAAGAUAUAAAGGUCUAAAUUCUUUAAUGUUUAUUUCCUAACAUACAUGAAACAUGUUUUUGUUGGGUAACGACAGAAGUAAAAUCGUUGUUUUCACUGUGGUGUUGAAUUUGGUGCACUCCCGCUUAUGUCCUGCAGAGGGCGCUGUUUGGCCACAUGUUACAUAUCUCUGUCCCAUUUCUCUGCUCCAUUAUCAGACUCAAAGGCUUUUCAAGAAGUGUGCUGCAGUCUGCAGGCGGGGAGAAAACACCAGUAGAGGGUUAGUGGUCUCAUUCAGUUUUAUUAGAGUCAUUUUUAUCAGCCUCUCUGCAAAUACAGUCAAUUUCUUUCAUUAGUCAUAGCUUUUAGACUAAUAAUACAAACGCUGGGGGCCUGAAUAAAAUCACAACACAAUGAAUUUUCUAAAUGUUGAGAUUCUGCAAACAAUGAUCCUGAGAAAACACAUUUUAAUUAAAUUUUCUAUUGUAGAUUUUUAGUAAAUGGGAUGUGUAAUUUGGCAUCUGGUUUCAGAAUACUGUCCUAGCUUUUGUUUGCCAAGGUGAUGGCUGCCCUUGGAACUAACAGCAGUGUGCAGUGACUGAUAUAAAUAUUCCAACUCAAGGGCAAAAUGUAGAUACUUCCAAGGAGGACAAUACUCUGAAAAGCUUCUCUACAAUAUGAUAAGAUUUUUACUGUAUUUCUCUCGUGACCCUCUUCUACUCUUUACCUUCAUAACCAUGACUCUGUUGGUACAAGUGUUUGCUCUUUACUCACCUGCAGCAAUUUCUGCAAGUCACCUGUGUGCUGCGAAAUGCGGUGCCACAAAAGUUCAUUUGAAUACCUUUCACACUGUGUAAGUAAGUCCUUGAAGGGAAUAAGGAAGCUGUUAGCACUCGAGGCCGAAUGGAGCUGCGUCUAAUGAAUGUUUUUUACCAUGUAGUCUGUCGUUUAUGGAUCUCAGCUAACUGUGAAGUAUUUGUUCUGUGCAGAUAUAUUAGAAAAUGUGCAAGAAAGGUUUAACAUUGUUAUUAAACAUUAUAGUUAGUUAUAGUUUUCUUGCAUGAGGAAAUAAUAGAUGUUGAAUCUGAGUUAAAUGUGAUGUAAUGUGAGUCUUUCACUAAAGUUUAAAACUGUCCAACUAAAACUAAACAAAUAUUAAUUUAUAAUACGGCAUAUGUGACUGUGUGUUGUCUCCAAGUGUUUCCUGCAGCUCUGAAUUAUUUCUCUCCUCGAUCUCAAAAAGUCGUGUCUUCUUUUUCAGGCGUGGAGGCUAACAUCAGAUGCGGAUUACCACCAGAGUGUGAAACACUGCAUCGAACACCAAGGUAGAUAAAUGUGUGUUUACAAAUGUGCGGACAUGUUCGUGAGUACACUCGUGCAAAUACACACACUCACACAUAUAGAGCAGCCCUGUACUCUCUGUGUCUGCCUGUCUAAGCUUCUUCCCCUCCCCCCCAACAUCUCUCUCCCCUUUUUUGUCCCCCUCGUCCUCUCCUUUUCCCUCCUGCUCGCUCUCCCCUGCCUGCUAGCCCUAUUUCAAGGUUCUGCCUUGGAAAGAGAGAGAGAGAGAAAGAGAGAGAGAGGCAGGAACACACAGAUGCGCAGUUAGGGAGAGAGAGAGAGAGUGAGAGAGGGGAGGGGAAAACAGACAGGAUUUAGAGUUCAAGUGCACGUGCAGAAAAUAGGCUGAAUAGAGGAGAGUCAGAGCAGAAAGGAAACCAGGAAAAGGAGCGGCAAGGGGGGGAGCCAAAGCACACAGCAGCUCUUUCUCUUCUCGCUCUCCUUCUGUAUUUUACUCUAGCUGAAAAAAAAGGUAUCAGCUCAGAGAAAAGAAAAGCACAAAAUUCAAAAACGAAGGGUUAAAAAAUAUAUUCCUCUUCCUGCCUCUUCCUCUCUCCAACCGACACACUCCUCCUGUAUCCCUCCCUCUUGGAUAUUUCUCUAUGAACCCCUCCAGUCUCUCGCUCUCUCACUCACUCACUCACUCUCUCUCUCUCUAUCUUCCCCUCCCACCUCUUCGCGCACACACAUCUACACACCCGGAGUCCUUCCCACUCCUUCCCCUCACCAUGCUUACUAUCGACUCUCACUGGAGACGACUGCGACAAGCUUUUAUUUUCCCUUUCUUUUUCUUGCCAGUCUUUGCUUUUGGUCAUGUCUGCAAGUAUGGAGGCACCGUCACGCAGAUGCUUCACCCCAUGCGUGGCACCCCUGAAAAAUGCAGGCCCGUGGAUUGUCCCCGCGAUAGACUGAUUGCUACAAACCGCUCGUCCUCUCUUUAAAAACAUUUUUCAACUCUUCUGCAGUGUUUUUUUGUUUUUGUUCGAGGGUAGAACUCGACUUAUAUUUGGAAAAAAACCUUUUUUUUUUUCUUAAAAUCAUAUCCGUGUCCCGAAGCGGGUGCUUGUGGCUGAAGAAAAGAAAAAGAGUGUCCAAUGAAUGGACAGAUGAAGGGGGACAGGCAAAGAAUGAGGGGAAAAUGGAGAGCAUGGUCUGCGGGAGAAAGCGAGAAAGCCAGAGAGAGAGAGAGAGAGAGAGGUAGGAGAACAAGCACCGGCACUGGCAGAAAAACAGGGAGGGGGAAGAGAGAAGAAGGGGAACCAGUAGGGGAUAGACUUAUAGGAAGGUGGGACGGCUGGAUAGAAAUUGGCAAAAAAUAGCGGGAAAGGGGAGAAAAAAUCAAACUCCAGAAUGACGAGAAACUGGACUUCUCUCCAAAGUCAGACUUGCACUUUGAGGUUGCCAUUGCUUUUUGUUUCUUGACAUGAUUUUUCAUCACUUCAGCAGUCAUCUUCUAAUUCACAUGUGAGUAUACUGUACCUACAUGUUCUUCUCUCCUCUUUGCCUUUCUCUCGUGAAAGCAUUCUCCUCUCUUACGCCUAUGAAUUUUUCAACUCUCCUCUAUUUUUUCCUUCCUGUUCGAAAAAUUUGUUUGCUAGGUUGCUAAUCCCCCUCAUCCUGCUUGUCUAUCCGAUCUCAGGCUGCACCUCUCUUCUUCUAUCCCUCUCUUUCCUCCUCCAGUUCUUCUUUAUCGUAGGUUAUCGCUGCUCUCUUUGCCUCUCCUUGAAGGAUUACCUCUGCUCUGCACAUUUAGAUGAGGGCUUUGGAAAGGGAUCACUGAGUGCACCCAGUUUUAGGGGGCCCACGCAUGGGAGGCUAGCACAUGAAGGAGGCAGGGUGUGUGCACUUGUGUGUGUAUAUAUCUGUCUGUACUAGUCAUGUGUAUGUGUAGGUCUGUGCAUGUGUGCGUUAGUAUGUAUGGGUGUGAUUAAGAGUUAACGGAGCUGGUAGUGGCGUAUGGUCACUCCUGCUUACGCAUGCGUAGAUUUGCACAAUCAUGUUUCAUGUUUCAUAUUCGCGAAAUGAUUGCGCGUUGGUAUAAAACCCGCAGAUAUGAAAGAUAAGGUGUUAGGACGGGACAAAAUGCGGAGGUGAAAACGCUGUAAGUACCGCAGGAUUUCUUCUUCCCUGUUUCACUCCUCCUCCCAUGCUUCUCCCCCUUUUUCUUUCCCAUCUUCCAUCCGUUCAUCCGGGUAUCCCCAAUCUAUCUGUUGGUCCGCCUGUAAAGAAAAAACCCACAGUUCAAGAUGUGGUUCGGUAUCGACAAAAAGAUACGACUGGAUCUGCAGAGAAACAAACUUGAGUCACUUCGAAUGAGUUUUCUUUUUUCUUUUUCUUCAAAUAACCUGCACGUUACAGCGAGAUCACUUCUGUUUGAUGUGGUGAAGUUACAGGUAAAGACGGGGGGGCUUUGGUGCAAAUUACUGCUCAUCUGCGCUGUUAAAAUGUCGACAGUGGUGGAUUACAUGAAAGCAUGAUUCUACUGUAACUCCUGUGGGCUGACCGAAUAAAAACGAUAUACAAGAGAGGCACGGGAUGUUUUAAAACGUUCAUUUUUACAGCCGAUUUGUUUCAAUCUCCAUCAAGCCGACCGUUUUUUCCUCUGCGGUAUCGGCCAAAGAUAUCCCCUGGAAUCUCCGUCAUUCCUCUUUCUCCUCUUCUGUGUUAUACAUCUACCUACUCUGUUUGUAUUUACACAGCCUCCUGCUAUCUCUGCUCACAUUUUCACUAUCACUCGCCACAGUUGUUAUCUUUAUUCAAGAUUGUCCCCUGGUAUUAUUCCAAGGCGAGUGUGCGUGCGUGUGUGUUUGCGCUUGUGUGCAAUGGUAUUUUAUUGGUGUGUGUUACUUUAAAUGAUAAGUGUUACAACACCUUUUGAGUGGUCUUGUUUGUUCCUGGUAUUUUUGUCUGCUUUUAAUUCUGCGCACCAUCUGUUUGUGAAUGAAGCGAGGAUAUUGAAGCGAUACGAGGACAGGGUUAUCCCAAAAAGUUUUCAUAAAAGCGGCACAGACUGUAGAUGUAGGUAACAUUUUCGUUGAAGUUACCGGCCUAGUUCUCUAAUAAUGUCUUCUGGGAUAUGCGGUCAUUCGGUUUAGAUACAGGUAUAUGACAUUUAUCCCUGCGUAUCGUGAUAAACCAAAAAGGGAGGGACACUUUUGUCUAGCAACGACCCAGACUUGACCUUUUUGCGACCUCUGCUGCAGCCCUCGAGAAAAUAGAGAGGAGUCUUUGAUGUCCAAAUUCUCGUCAUGGAUAUCCCGCCAAAGACAAAAGUAGGAUAAAAGAAUUGAGCCUCCCACCCCCCUCCUGGAGCCUCCUACUCGCUCUUAUUUGAGUUCAAAUUUGGCUUUUACGUGACCAAACCUUUUCCAGCACCUUUGAUUUUCACUCCUGAGGGGGAUUUGGUGGUAAUGCCAAUGUGGUUGUGGGACCCCCAGGUUAUGAAAUAUUACUCAGACAGACCUGGUGUUAUGUAAUCUUACGUAACUGAGGCGGCAGCUCAGCAGGGUCGUGAUCAGGGGCUCUGGAGGAGAAGCUAUAUGGGUCUGCUUAUGGUAUGAACUCACUGGCAGGGUCAACACACUCUGGGCCUUAAAGGGGAAGAGGCCCCAUCUCCAUAAAGACACAGCAGAAACCACACAUAUGGACUUAAGUGCCUGACACCUAAAGGCUGAGGAAAUAGAGGAACUUUGUCUACUCUUGAGACUUUUCGCCUCAUUCAUUAGUUUGUGUAAUUUCGCCAAAAUUUGUGCUAAAAGCUAACUGCUCAGUCUUAACUUCGAUUUAUUUCUCAACUCGGAUUAAUUUCAACAACCUCUCAAAUAAGUGGCUUCCCUGAAAGAGCGCUCAGUGUUUCAAAUAUAGCAUUUCAAGGACUAGAGUAUAUAUCCGACUGUGUAUUUGUAGCCUUUCACGGUAUGCUACGAAUACGAGAUAGGCUCCACUUGUGUGCCGUGACCCAUGAUUCGCUUUCAGCCAGCUCUCUGCGAAUCUUAUGUGUUCCUCAUUCAUAAUUAAUGACAUUCAACCGCAGAAUACAUUAAUUGAUCGGACAGAUCUUAGGAAUUCCCAUGCAAUCUGCCGUUGUGUGCAGCAGGUUUGGAUUUGUGUGAGGCCAAGAAUUAAAAGGAAAAAAAGCUAUACUCAGUUAUUUGUCUGCUUUUUUUGUUUCAGAUUGAGCCUCUGA